CAUUUUAUACAAGGGACUUGAGCAUGUCCAAGUCCAUGGAUUUUGAUGUCCAAGGGGGACCUGGCAGCGGGAUCCCCCUUACUGAGGGACUGUAUGAAUUAUAGUAUAUGAUACAAAAUUGCAAUGUAUCAAGUGAUUUUAAAAGUACAGAAGAGCUACAGAGAAAACCGUCCCUCUCAUCCUGUCCCCAGCCCCGCCCCCUGAGGGUCACCUGCAUCUCCGGGUCCUGGCACGCCUUUCUGGUAUUUCACAUGUGCACAGUCAAACAUGGAGAAAGCCUGUUUCACCGCCCUUUACAUUUUACUCAAAUGGGAAAAAACAAAUUUUACACAAAUAAAGCAGAGUGGACGUCCCUAACUGCUCCGGGCGGCUGCGCACAGGGCUUCUGCAGGAGCUCCCAGGGCGCAGUCAGGACGCAGCCUCUUUUUGCUGGACUGGUUGCUUGCUUGGGGUCUUCUGCCCGGGCAAGCAAUGCAGCAAGAGUUGCCUUCUAUGAGCGCCAUGUGUCAUGUGUGCAAACAGUGGAAGCCUCAGAUUCUAGAAGCAGAUCGCUGAGUCAAGCCCGGAGGGGAGAACGGGGGCUUUGGAAUCACGCAGAUGUGGGUUCGAAUCUCGGUUCCGCCAGUUCCAGCGCCGACGUCCUGAUCUGCAUUUCCGUUUGUACUGUAAGCGAGGGGUGGGGGCUUGGGGCAGAGCAAGAGAAGAGAGAAUUGAUACGGUAUGGGCAGUCUGAUCCCUUCUUUCCUCACAGGGAGACUCACAGUGAGCAGAGGAUAGAGACAUGGAUCACAGAGAGGACCCAUGGCGCGUGGCGAAGAUGGUCAAGUCCUACCUGCAGCAGCACAAUAUCCCGCAGCGGGAGGUGGUGGACACCACGGGCCUCAACCAGUCCCACCUGUCCCAGCACCUCAACAAGGGCACCCCCAUGAAGACGCAGAAGCGCGCGGCCCUGUACACCUGGUACGUCCGCAAGCAGCGAGAGGUGGCGCAGCAGUUCACCCAUGCAGGGCAGGGUGGGCUGAUUGAGGAGCCCACAGGUGACGAGCUGCCAACCAAGAAGGGGCGGAGGAACCGUUUCAAGUGGGGCCCAGCAUCCCAGCAGAUCCUGUUCCAGGCCUAUGAGAGGCAGAAGAACCCCAGCAAGGAGGAGCGAGAGACCUUGGUGGAGGAGUGCAACAGGGCGGAGUGCAUCCAGAGGGGAGUGUCACCGUCGCAGGCACAGGGGCUGGGUUCCAACCUUGUCACGGAGGUGCGUGUGUACAAUUGGUUUGCCAAUCGGCGCAAAGAAGAAGCCUUUCGGCACAAGCUGGCCAUGGACACGUACAGCGGGCCCCCAUCGGGGCCAGGCCCAGGACCCGCGCUGCCUGCCCAUAGCUCCCCUGGCCUGCCCCCACCCGCCCUCUCCCCCAGUAAGGUCCACGGCGUGCGCUAUGGACAGCCUGCAACCAGUGAGGCAGCAGAGGUGCCCUCGAGCAGCGGUGGUUCCCUAGUGACAGUGUCCACCCCUUUGCACCAAGUGUCCCCCACAGGCCUGGAGCCCAGCCACAGCCUGCUGAGCACUGAAGCCAAGCUGGUCUCAGCCACUGGGGGCCCCCUGCCCCCUGUCAGCACGCUGACAGCACUGCACAGCUUGGAGCAGACGUCGCCGGGCCUCAACCAGCAGCCCCAGAACCUCAUCAUGGCCUCGCUCCCUGGGGUCAUGACCAUCGGGCCCGGUGAGCCUGCCUCCCUGGGCUCCACGUUCACCAACACAGGCGCCUCCACCCUGGUCAUUGGCCUGGCCUCCACUCAGGCACAGAGCGUGCCGGUCAUCAACAGCAUGGGCAGCAGCCUGACCACCCUGCAGCCGGUCCAGUUCUCGCAGCCGCUGCACCCUUCCUACCAGCAGCCUCUCAUGUCACCCGUGCAGAGCCACGUGGCCCAGAGUCCCUUCAUGGCCACCAUGGCCCAACUGCAGGGUCCUCACGCUCUCUACAGCCACAAGCCUGAGGUGGCCCAGUACACCCACACAGGCCUGCUUCCGCAGACCAUGCUCAUCACCGACACCACCAACCUGAGUGCCCUCGCCAGCCUCACGCCCACCAAGCAGGUCUUCGCCUCGGACACUGAUGCCUCCAGUGAGUCUGGGCUUCACGCGCCAGCCUCUCCAGCCACCACCAUCCACAUCCCCAAUCAGGACCCUGCCAGCAUCCAGCACCUGCAGCCUGCCCACAGGCUCAGUGCCAGCCCCACAGAGGAGGAAGUGGACACUCGAGGUGACGGACCUGUCUCAUCUACUGGGUGGCAGAGCCAGGACAUGAACCCAGUGUCCGCCAGCAGCCUGGUGCUGUAUCAGAGCUCCGACUCCACCAACGGCCACGGCCACCUGCUGCCAUCCAACCACGGUGUCAUUGAGACCUUCAUCUCCACACAGAUGGCCUCCUCCUCCCAGUGACCUCGGCAACUUCCUACCAGGGGCUGGGCCCUGGAACCUGCACUGCCUGCCUGGGGGGUGACAGGCAGCAGUCACCACCACCAGGAGCACUUCUGAGCCUGCCACAGGGCUGCUGUCUCCCCUCAGUCCCCACCUCUCCCUCUGCCAGCAUUGGAAAGGUACGGUUCUGAGGAGCCUCAACCCGAGGAGAUUGUCACUUGCCUAAGAGGGGACUGUGGAGAGUGGGAAGCAGAGCUUGUUCCUGGCGGGACCCUCUGUCUGCUGAAGUCGAAACUUGUUACUUGGAAGAGAAAAGGGCAGCCUUGGGCUCCUGUGCCCCCAACGCGGGCCUGUGGACAGCCCUGGGACUCACGGGGCUCUGGCAGCCACCUUCUCAAGGCACAAGCCUGGGAGCUGUGACUCACUGAGCUCUGCAAGUCCCUGAGUCAGCCCUAGGUCAACGCAGCUGCAUAGUCACCUCUGCCUCCACAGGCCACUCGGCCCUGCUGCAGGUCCUCCCAGGGAGUGAGACGUGUGCCCAUUUGUACCCUUGCACCAGGCAUGUCGCAAGGGGUUGCUUUCUCCCAGGCCUGGGGCUCAGCGCCCAAGCCCUAGGCAGCUCAGGCGAACCGGGAGGUCACGCAGGGCUCUCCUGCCGCCCUCACCCCACCCACCUCCUCUCCACGGCCCCAGGACUUCUCAUUUUCCUGGACAUUUGCUCCUGAUCCUCAAGCCUUCUGAAGCAGGCCUGGCAUCUUGCCACUACCAGAAAGACCACUUUGGGGCUAAGGGGCCAUCCUUGCUCCUGUGACCAGUUGUGUCAAGCCCAGGUCCCAGGGCAGCAGCUCCUCUGGCCUUGGGGCGCCUGCAGGCCCUUCCCUGGUUGGAGACGGGAGGUUACUGAGCUCCAAAGGCAGCAAGGCCUGAGCACCAGGCAGAGCUGGGGUGACCGAGGGAGAAGAGAGUGGCAAGAUCAGCAAAGGGACCACCUGUGUGGUCGCACUGAUGUUUGGAGCCCUGCUGGCUGAGGACUGGGGCCUAGGCAGUUGGCAACCACCCUGAGGAGUCUGAGGUCCUGAGUGUCAUUGGGAAGGGCAAAGCAGCUGUGAGAACCUUGUCUCCUGGGCCUGCGGUGGAGAACCCAGGCCUCAGUGGGCAGCCUCUACCUGGGACUGAGCAAGGGUUCUGGGGAGACCCAGCACCUCUGUGGCUCAUAGCCAGCUGGGGGGGAGGGACUGUACAUUUAUUUAACUUUUAGUAAAAUCUCUAAGAAAUGUA